UUUUUACUACAGUUUUUAAGCCUAUAUCCUGGGUACUUGUAUAAUCUCCAUACUUCAUCGUCCUACUGAAUAAGAAAUUCAAGAUUACACAAAGAAAGUUUUAGUUCUGGAUUUUAUUACUUAUUGUCUGUUAUGAACUGAACUUCAAAGCUUUUUAUUAAACAAAAGUCAAAUGGAUUUUCGAAAGGUGCCAUCAUGCACUGAAGUGAGCUUGUGGAGUCCUGAUGCUCUUAUUGAUUAUUUUAGAAGGUGCAACCUUAAGGAUUGUGAGAAGUUGGUUAAAAAGCAAGGAAUUGAUGGAAAAAGGUUUUUGGAUAUGUCUGAAAAUGACAUGCAGAAAUUCCCCAAAACAACAGUACCAAUGUUAAUAAGAAUUCAACAAGAAAUGAUUAAAAGGGAAGAAAAAAAAGGAUUUUUUCCAUUAAGGUCAGAAACACAGAAAGGAUACCCGACAGGAAAAUUGCACGUACCUUUUCAACCAUCAAGUCAUGACACAUGCCAGUCUGAAAACUGGGAUGGAACAGACUCUGACUCAUUUGAUGAUGAUGACUAUGAGGAUCCAGAUGAGCCAGAGAAAAAUGCAGACUAUGAAUCCCCAGCUCCAGAAGAUGAAGACAGUGAAAACAGUGAUGGUUAUGAACCACCUCCAACUAAUAAUGAUAUUCUACCAAUUAGCACUCCAAAAAAUACUUCUUCCAACCAAGAUUACAUUGACAGGCCAGUCCCAAGUGAUUCUGUAAGAUAUCCUCCAAAUCCUCCUACAAGAACUGGAGUGUCCACUUUUACAUCACAUGGCAACACUUUCCCAGGAUUCCAGUCUUCGAGUCAAGAUGGUCCUAAGCUCAAAAAGUCAACAAAAUCACUAGCUCCAAGUGUAGACAGAACAACCAAGCCAAGUAUUCAAGCAAAUGCUGGUAAAUUGUCUUCCACUUCAGGAAAAAAUCUCUCAAGCAAAGCAAAGGCUGUCACACUUCCUGCAACGAUAAGACCUCAUGGAAAUCCAGAACCUUUGAGGAAACCUGCCCUGCCAAGUCAGUCCUCAGCCACAAAGUCCAGCUAUCCAAGUCAUAUUCCAGAUAGUGAAGACAUUCUUUUGCCAGAAGAAAAUGUUCCCAGAAGAUUGUAUACUCCUCACCAGUCAAACACAUUUCCUUCAAGAUCACCAAAACCCUCGAUCAGAAAUAUGGGAUCAAACACUCUACAUACUACAGAUAUCUCCCAAACAGCUGGACCAUUACAAAUGCAUGGAGGCCUCCCAUAUUCUUCUUAUAAGCCAGAUAACCAGUUUUCAGACAUAUUACCUAAUGGUAGACAACCAGUGCCAAAUCCUAUCAUUAAUACCUCAACAUCUGGAAAUGAAGGUAUUUAUUCAGAACAGUGGUAUUUGGGUAAUAUAUCAAGAAAGGAUGCCGAAAAUGCUUUACGAUCUAUCAAUAAGGAUGGCACAUUCUUGGUGAGAAAUUGUUCCCAAUCAACGACGUCCCAACCAUAUGUUCUCAUGGUGUUAUAUAAAAAUAAAGUCUAUAAUGUACGGAUUCGUUUUCACCAGAAAAAUCAAGUAUACCUUUUGGGAUCAGGAGGGCAUGAGACAUUUGACUCUGUGUCUGAAAUAAUUGACUACUUCCGGAAAACUCCUCUUCUUCUUAUUGAUGGAAAAGACCGCGGUUCAAGACAACACUGCAAGCUUACAUAUAUUCCUGACAGAAGUUUUAACUAAUUACGUUAAUUUUUUAAAGGAGUUUUCUGGGACUUAGAUAUUGAUGACCUAUCUUCAGGACAGAUUAUCAAUAUCAGAUAUUGGGAGGCCGUCCGCUGGCAUCACCCCCAAUCAAUUUCAGCAGCUACAAUUGUGGAAACAAUAAUAGAGGAUGGAACUGAAAACAGGAGGCUUUGUCCAGGGUCCCAUGCUACAGUUCAGCUCCCAUUCUCUUGAAUUAGAACUGAGCUGCAGGACCCCGGGCACGGCCACUACACAGUAGACUGAUCUUUCUGUUUUUGUCCCGAUACACUAUAUAGUUUCUGGUGCUGGUGGCUGCCUGGUGGAUGUCAGUAACCCACGAUCUGUUAUCCUGAGGAAGGGUCAUAAAUGUCUAAAUCCUGGAACACCCCUUUAAGCCAUGUUGUUUCACUUUUGUUAGCUGCACU